UAAAAUAAGACUUUUAAAAUGUGUGGUCCAAAACAAAUCUUACAUAUUUGUGUGACUGUAAAUUAUCUCAUAAAGUUAAAUUAUUUCUAAAUAUAGAAAGAUAUCAAUUUUUUAGGGACAAACUAAAAAUGAAAUGAAGAUAAUUUUUUUGGGAUGGAGGGAGUAUAUCUUAUUUACAUUAGAAUUAUUUCUAGUAGAUAUACUUAUGAUCACCUAGUAUAUAGUAGAAAUAGUAGAAAGAAUAAAUGCAACACGAUUUAAUUAUAUUUAUUAUUAUUUUAUCAUAUACUACUGUCAAAGAUUGAUAAGUACGUAGCCUAAGCAGUCCAAAUACUCUAAGAUGAGAUAUUAGUUUCCAGAAAUCCACACGAGUUGGAGACACACUUAAGGCUAAGAUAUUUUUAGCUUUCAAUGCUUCACUUCCACUAUAAAUAUAUGGAAUCCACCUAUCACAUUGAACCAGAAAAGCAAAAACUUCUACCUGAAGAACCAUCCAACACUACUUUUUUUAUUCACUCAACCAACAGUGACCAAAAAUGGAUAUUUUUCGAAGCUAUUUUUCGGACCCACUUAUUGAGUCUGAUACUAGCAGCAGCGCCCCUGAUCUUUAUACUGAAUAUUCACCAGUGAUGUUAGCUUCGAAUAACCCAAAAAAGCAGGCCGGGAGGAAGAAGUUUAAGGAAACUCGACAUCCAGUAUACAGGGGAGUAAGAAAAAGAAAUUCAAAUAAAUGGGUUUGUGAAGUCAGAGAACCCAAUAAAAAAUCAAGGAUUUGGCUAGGCACUUUCCCAACAGUAGAAAUGGCAGCUAGAGCUCAUGACGUGGCGGCCAUAGCCUUGAGGGGUCGUUCUGCUUGCUUGAACUUUGCUGACUCUACUUGGAGGUUGCCUAUCCCAGCUUCCUCCUGCACCAAGGAUAUCCAGAAGGCAGCUGCUGAGGCCGCCGAAUCUUUUCGACUGCCACUAAAGUUAGAAAGAGUUUCAAGAGAAUACAUAUACACUCCUGAAACGCCACAGAGUAUGUUCUUUGUGGAUGAGGAAGCGGUCUUCUACAUGCCGGGAUUACUUGCGAAUUUAGCCCAAGGACUAAUGCUACCUCCACCUCAAUAUUUAGAAAUCGAAAAUCAUGCCGAAGCGGAUGCUCAUACGUCCUUAUGGAGUUAUUCUAUCUAAAUAAUUGGUUCUGGUUAAUUAUAACCACUUGUUUGAAAGUUUA